AAAGGGUAAAUAUCCUCCCUUGAAAUAGUGUUUAACAGCUUUAAUGAGAGAAGUCAUCCUUCUUUUUGCAUAUCAUUAAUCUGAGCACAGCUGCAGCCCUUCACAGAUGGAUGAAUUGCUCCCAUAACACCUCAAUACUUCCACCGAGACACACCCAAACACACACUUCUUUGUGACUGCAGCCUUGACAGUGAUCUCCCUGCACAUGUGUGAAGGAGCGUCUUCAGUUACUCCCCCUGCCUCUGCACACACAUUAGUCUGAAAGGUUAUUUUGGGCUGCAGAAGGGCCCUGUGCUCCCAGUGAAAUAAUAGGAGGAGUCAAGCUCUUGCCUUUCCAUUCUGCUCCCCUGAAACGUUCCCCCCAUGUCAACCGACGGGGGGAUUUCCCUCUAAAUCACAGCUCUGCUCUCCAGGCUGCAGCUUUAGGUCAGAUCCUCAUUUUGAAACAAUGGAGAACAGUCCUCUGCAGGUGCUGACUGUCCCAACAGCCCCCUACCCCGACCAGAGACCCGGCACCAGCGGCCUCAGGAAGAAGGUUUACGUGUUUCAGUCCAGGAGGAACUAUUUGCACAACUUCAUCCAGAGUAUCUUCUCCUCCAUUGACCUGCGUGACCGCCAGGGUUCAACCAUGGUGGUGGGGGGAGACGGACGCUUCUUCAACCCAGCGGCUAUUGAGGUCAUUGUGCAGAUGGCAGCUGCCAACGGGGUGGGUCGCAUGAUCAUCGGACACCAUGGGAUCCUGUCCACGCCGGCCAUCUCCUGCCUGAUCAGGAAAUACAAAGCCAUCGGUGGCAUCGUCCCCACAGCCAGCCACAACCCCGGUGGACCUGAUGGAGACUUUGGCAUCAAGUUUAAUACUGCAAAUGGAGGCCCAGCCAAGGAAGCUGUCACAAGCAAGAUCUUUCAGAUCAGCAGAACCAUCGAGGAAUUUGCCAUCUGCCCUGGACUGCGAGUGGAUCUGACAACCCUGGGAAAACAGAUGUUUGAUCUGGAAAACAAGUUCAAACCCUUCACAGUGGAAAUUGUGGAUUCUGUGGAGUCCUAUGCAAACUUGUUGAGGAACAUCUUUGACUUUGCUGCUCUGAAGGAGCUUCUGUCUGGGAAGAACCACAUCAAGAUCAGAAUAGAUGCCAUGCACGGAGUGGCAGGACCAUAUGUGAGGAGGAUAAUGUGCGAAGAGCUCGGCUGUCCGGUCAACUCUGCCAUUAACUGUGUCCCUCUGGAGGACUUCGGGGGUCAACACCCAGAUCCAAACCCCAUGUACGCUACAGAUCUGGUUGACAGCAUGAAAGACGGACAGUAUGAUUUUGGUGCAGCAUUUGAUGGUGAUGGGGACCGUAACAUGAUCCUUGGUAAACGUGGGUUCUUCGUCACCCCAUCUGACUCUGUGGCUGUGAUUGCUGACAACAUCUUCUGCAUCCCGUACUUUCAGCACACAGGGGUGAGAGGUUUCGCUCGCAGCAUGCCCACAAGCGCAGCUUUAGACAGAGUAGCCAAAGCAACAAAAAUAGAGCUUUAUGAAACUCCUACUGGAUGGAAGUUCUUUGGGAACCUAAUGGAUGCAGGCAUGUUGUCUUUGUGUGGCGAGGAGAGCUUUGGUACAGGUGGAGACCACAUUCGUGAGAAGGAUGGACUUUGGGCUGUGCUGGCAUGGCUGUCCAUCCUCGCCACCAGAAAGCAGAGUGUGGAGGAUAUUCUGAAGGACCACUGGCUGAAAUAUGGAAGAAACUACUUCACCAGAUAUGACUAUGAGAAUGUAGACAUAGAUGCAGCCUGUGAGAUGAUGGAGGAUUUGGAGAUUAUGAUCUCCGACAAGUCCUUCGUGAAGCAGAGGUUUGCUGUAGAAGACAAAAUCUACCAAGUGGAAAAAGCCGACAACUUUGAGUACACAGACCCAGUAGACAGCACCAUCUCCAGGAACCAGGGGCUGCGGAUAAUCUUCUCGGAUGGCUCUCGGAUCAUCUACAGACUCAGUGGGACAGGAAGUGACGGGGCAACGGUUCGAAUUUACAUUGACAGCUAUGAGAAGGAGCAGAUUUUUGAGGACACACAGGUGAUGCUGGCACCCCUUGCAACUAUAGCGCUAAAGAUUUCUCAGCUUCAUCACAGAACAGGCCGAAGUGGCCCAUCACUCAUUACAUGAUUCCUCCUAUACUUUACUGCAUCUCUGCUUAAGUUUUUUCUUGUUUUUCUGCCUUGAUUUUUGUAUAAACACCGCCUUGAUUCCAUGUGUAGAUUUAAUACGCCACAGUGUGCAUUUAAACCAAUAUGUAACACAUUAAACAGCUUUAUAUUUUUG